AAAACCAACAACUGCUUUGACGCUUAAUAGCUGGCAUCUUAAAAUUGGACGUGAACAACUAUAGUAGCUACACGGUACAGUAGAUGGAGCCGCCUGAUGCUGCUUCAAGGAUGGACAGUGAUCAUGUUGGAUCCUCCAAACGGCGUAUUUCUUCGAUCCUGAAAGUUCCACGGACAUCUAUCAAAUUCACUGGCCCAGAGCUAGAGGAGAGUCGGGUGGAGGUUGUCAAGCCAGUAGAGAAGAGGAUCUCCAGAAGAGUCAGUUUCGCCACUUCCAAUGAUGUUCUACUGUUUUCAAAAGAUGUGAAGAAUGUCUCCCCUGUCCGGAGUCCUCUACAAAACCUCACAACUACGGCAGAAAACAUGAUCAUUCAUACGGGUUCCAUUGAUGGGGCUCAACCAAUCACAGGCAUGGAAACCUUGUUGAAUGCUCCCCUCCAUGUUUCACAACAAAGAAAUAAGGAAAAUGUCAUGUUCAACCAGGAUGAUUAUGGGGAGAAAACAAUGAUGUUCACAGGAGAGGACACAGCAUUUAUGGAUAUGACUCACAGUCACACAAUACUCAUCGCCAAUGAUUCAGAAUCAUCAGUUGUUCUGCCACAUGAAAGCAAUGUGACUACACCUACCUGUGGAAACAUGGAUUUUACUUUUUCAGUGAAGAAAAGUAAAACUGGGUGUUUUCAGGACUCAACAGAGAAUUCUGCCCUCUUUAAAAACCCUUCCACCUCAGACAGAGGUAUAGAUCCAGAGUUUGAAAAUUUCCUUGCCAGUAUAACAAAGUCAAGUGGCUCCAUGGGUAAUCCAAUAACUCCCAAAUCCUCAACUACUGUGGCAUUCCACAGAGCUGCAUCCCCUCCAGAAAAAACGGACAACAGACGUUUCCUUGCUGCGCUCAAUGCGCGCAGGUCAGGAGUUGAUAAAGAGAAUCAGGUUCCAGCUUUGUCGACAACACGGAGAGACUGUACAGUGGGCUCAAUUAUCCCUCAAAGGCAAGGGCCUCAGUUCAUGAAUAUGUCUACGAUGCAAACUGAACAAGAUCAUAUGGAUCUGACAAAAAGCCAUACAACUUUGAUAGAUGGCAAAGGAGUUUUUCAGUGUGUGCAAACUGUAAGCUCUGAAGAGCAACGGCUUAGAGGAAGCACUUUCAGCCAGGUAUCUGUCUCUACUGAUCCAGAUGAAAUGGAGUUGACCAGGAGCCAAACUGUUGCCAUUGACUCCAAAGCCAUUGGGAUGAUUGGCCCAAAUCCCUCUCUGAAAAAAGAAAGGAGAAGUGUGGCCUUCACAUCAGAUCCCAAUAUAACCCAGAUCUUCUCAGGUGAUGACCAUGGUAUGGAGAUAACUGCAGCUCUCAAUGUUCCUCUCCGGGAGAAUGUGUGUGCUCCGACCAAGAAAGGUGAAUCAUCACCCUGGAUGUUUCCCCCGGAAAACAGAAUCUCCUCCUUUCAGUCAAAUCAACAGACCUUUCAUAGCACCUCCUACCCAUACUCUGAUGACAUGGAGAUGACAAGAUGUCAAACCGUUGCCAUUGAUUCCAAAAGUGUAGGCCUAAUGGAAAUUCCCUUACUAGGGAAUACAAGGAAAAGUUUGUCCUGCAUGCCAUCUUCUCAGAGAGGUGUGUUUUUGUCAGACUGUAAUGGUAUGGAUCUGACAGAGGCCCUCACUGGAAAUAUUGUGUCAAACAGCCAUACAGCAAUUAAUGAGCCACUACAGCGCUUGUUCCCCACACCAGAGAUGUCCCUUCACUCUGAUCGGAGUACCAACAUGGAGAUGACUUCAGGACAGAGACGUAAUAAAGAAUGGGAACCUGCAUCCUCUGAUCCUAAUGACAUGGAAAUCACAAAAAGCCUAACUGCUGUAAUUGAUUCCAAAUAUUGUGUGAUGGAGAAGCCUUCUCUUUGCAAAUCCAAGACCAAGUUUGACCUUGGUCUAUCCUAUGUGCCACCAUCUAUGGAAUGUGGCAAUUUCUCAGACGAUGCUAACAGUGUGGAGAGGGCGCUGGAUCAGGUAAAAGGCAGCGCGAUCAGUGUUUCCGUAGCCAUAUCGGAUCCUGAUGACAUGGAAAUAACUAGAAGUCAAACUGUUGCCAUCGACACCAAAAGCCUCAAUGUUGUCAAUCACAUGCAAAACACUACAAGGAAAAGUAUAUCCUUCGUGUCAGCUUCCAACAGACCAAGUCGUAUAUCAGAGGAUGACUGUGGUAUGGACAUGACCAAAUCUCUCACUGUGUCUAUAGAUCAUAGAAAUGAUCUGAAUGUGACAGAUGAGACCACUGGCAGAUUGCUCCCCAUAACAAAACACCAAAAGGAAACAUUUGAGAAGAGCCUGAUUAGAGCAGAAAUUAGUACAGAUGACAUGGAAAUCACAAGGAGCCAAACUGGGGUCAUUGACACCAGAGGUUUUGGUGUCGCAACUCCUUCACUCCAAGGUGGAAGAGGAAGAUUUGUCAGCUUUUUGGAUUCAAAUAAAACACUUAUUGGGGAAGACGACAAUUGUAUGGAGAUGACUCAAGCUCUCACUGCACAGAUAUUAGCAAAUGUGUCACAUUCUGCCCAUGGGGAUGAGACCUUGGCUAGGACGUCCACAAUCUCAAAGACACAUUUCACUGGAGAAAAGGGCAAUCAUUUUGUGGGAGUGGGUCACAAAACCGAUCAACAUCGGUCAUCGGAUUCAGAUGAUAUGGAUAUGACGAGAAGUCAGACCGCUGUAAUUGAGUCUGAAAACAUUAAGAUGGGGAAUCGUGACCCUUUCAGAGCAAGGCAAUGUUUAUCCAGUGUGAGUAAGACCCUGCAGAUGGUUCCUCACUCAGAGCAGAGUGCACAUGGUGAGAUUAUGUUUCAGUUAGGUGUUGAAAGCCUAUGCAGUAGAAAGGCACCUAGAUCUUCUGACUCUGAUGAAAUGGAACUGACAAGGAGCCAGACUGUUGCAAUUGAAUCCAAAGUUAUUAACAUGACGUUUUCCCCCGAAACAAAAGCUCCAUUAGGGAAUGUGACAAAGGUGUCAAUUAAUCAGGCAAGUGAUAUGGAAGUGAAAAGAGUAGUAGAAGCGACACGUUGUAGAAAUAAUCCUGUAGCUGUACCCUCUAACCUGGAGGAGAAGAAAAUGGCCAGAGACGAAACUGAAAUGUUUUCUGAGGAUCAUGAAAUGGAGAUGACCAAGGCUGUCACAACGCAAAUUGAACAACAUGCACCUACCAAUGUGAAAGAUGUGAAGGGCACUUCAUCCACCACAAAUGCAAUUUCCUUGUGUCUACCUGAGGGUCAUCCUAGAGAAAUCCCCACUAACCUUACAGAACACUUUGACCUAAAGGGAUUGGCAGACAGAAAGGAUCCUGAUCUGAAAGAUGAAGACUGCUCCUUUAUUCCUAACAAACCAGAAAGCUCUCCCAUUGCCUCUUCAGUCUCAAAAGAAGAUGAUAACGUACUUUCCAAGAAUGCUAAGACCAGGCGAAUGAGUUUGGCAGAUCUGCAGUUGAAACUUAAUCAUAUGAGCCGCAUGAUAAAUGAAUCCACUGAAGUGAUGGGUAGCUGCACUGCACCUUUAUCUCACCUGGCGAGGACCUCCGACAAACACGGUGUAGAGACAGAAUCCUUAACAGCUGUAGACUACGGGUCUAAAACCAUGGGAUUAAUGACUGAGAAACCAGCAAGCGUUGAAUUGGAGGACCAUAUUCACAAUGACAAACCUAAAAUGACUGCUCCUUUGAAAUUGAGGAGUAAAUGCCUUGCAUCACGACUGUCAUUUGGUGGUUUCCUGCCCAAACUCCCACAAAUGGCUAAACCCUCUGAAUCAAACCAGACUGAGUCCAAUAGCGUGACAGAUUUUGCGAAACUUCUGAAGAAGAAUAGCUUGGGUGGCACUCAUGAACUGAGGAGCAACAUCUUGAUGGACAACAUUGAUGAUGAAGUGCUUCCAGACAUUAGCAGUGAAGAGGACUUAUCAGAAACUGUGGACACAAAGUCUCCUCAGAGGGUCGACGUCAAGGAAAAUAUUUUCCAAGGCAAGGUGAUUGAGGAUGUUGUGGAGCAUGAGGUCUUUAAAGAGCCAGUCCUAACUGUUACCCAAUGUCAUAAGAGAUCCCUGCCAGAAGAGGGCCAUGAAGACUCCAUGGACGAGGUAAAGAGGAGUAAGCCAUCAACAGAAAACAUCAGAGAAAUGAUGCCACCUACACAGGUAGUUCAGUGGGACAGUAACUGUACAGGAGCUGCAGCUGAUGGCUCCAGCAGCAACUCCAACCUCCGAUGUGAGGGCACAUUUGAGUCGUCAACUUACAGACAAAGCCAAUUCGAGUCCCAGCUUGAGGACACCGGGGACUACACAUUUGAUGUACGGAAGAAACUCCAAGAAGGCACUGUUACAGUGGCAGAGUUCCUGAAACUCUUCAGCAUCGACUUUGUCAUCCAUAAACCUCGACAGAGUAUACUGCCUGCGAGAAUUGUGUCAGAUCUGGAUCGCAAAACAGAGGACUUGUUAAUCGAGAAGCAUAUCAACCGUCCCAAACAGAGGGUGUAUGAGACAGACUGCCAGAUACUCACAGAAAUGGUGGAGGGGUUGAAAGCACAUCUGAGAGACCAAGACAAUCUUCUGAAAAGUGUUAAUGGAACACUUUGGGAGGCGGUGAAGGGCUUUUCAGAUGAAGAGUUGCUGCUUUUUGGUGCCAAGUUGAAAGAGAGGAUGACAUUCUUCAGAAAGAGAAGCAAAGUCCGAUCUCAUGAAAUGAAAGCUGUUUUGUACUCCAACCUUGUGCACACAACUCGGGAGGCACAACAUAACUUGAGAGGAAAUAUUGAGAAGACAGAUCAGUGUCUGAAAGACCUUGAUGAAUGUCUACAUGACUUGGAAGCUGAACUUGCAGCUGUGGAGGGCACCGGGGUAGAGGACAGUGAGCCGACCUGGAAAGCAAGGCAGCAAGGGUUGGAGAAUGUCAACAAAGCAAUUGCUGAAGGUGAAAGGCAAAUGUGUGAAUUGAAACUACAGAAGAUAAACUCUGUGGACAAAGUGGACAGACUCCGAAAGGAAACUCUGGAACUUGAGAACCACAUUGCCAUGCUGGAUAGAGUGAAUGAAUGGAAGUUUGGGCAGAAAGAUGACAGGAAGACCAUCUACAGCUUUCUCUAUGAGUCCUUGCUGUUGGAGGUGCAGUUUGAGAAACCUAACGGAGGAGAGGUCUGUGAACAGACUGAGCGUAACAUCAUGGACAUCGCAUUUCAACGUCAAAUGGAUGAUGAAAAGUCACAGUGCUACUCUCGGCUUGUACACAAUCUGCUAUGCCAGUACAUUGGCAGUGAAACCACUUGGUUCAAGAAGUACCCCACCAGUCGAUACAUUCCCAAGCUGCUGCACGAUGUGGGUCUGGUGGUAAGCCGCUGUCGCCUCCUGGGAGAAGAGAUCCACCUGAUGAAGAAGUGGGGCGCUCUGAGGCUGGACAUCCUGGACAUCAGCUGUGUGGACACUCAAGUUCGAAUCCUGUUCUCCAGUCUCAAGUCAUUUGCCAAGUUUGAGAUGACUGUAGCUGUUACCUACGCCUACCCCUUCGGUCUCCUUCAUGUGCAAAACUUCCGAAAUCACAUUGGAAACGCAACGAGAGACCAGGUGGAGGACAUUGUAUCAUCAGUAACACCAGCCAAGAACUACUUGACCAAGAUUGUCAAGAGGAUCCAUGAAAGUCUGCUGUGCUGAGACCAGUUCCAGUCAAUGGCUGUUGUGGUGCUACAUUCCAUGUAGUGAAUGAAAAUAUGUAUAUGUUUGUCAAUUCCAUUUAUUAAUAAUGUUCAAUAUCCCAUUUUCUUUUGUGUUAAUUUGACAUGUUUUCUACCAUAAGUUUUGAUGAUUUUUAUAAUUGUUGUUCAUAAGGGAUCAAUUUUCAUGUUUUGUAAUAGUUGGCCAUUACAAACCAUCUUUGAUGUAUUGCCUCUAGCAAAACUAUGGUGAGAAUUACAAUAACUGAAAAACGCUUGAAUACUACAUGAACAUUUGUCUUUGUUUAUUGCCUGAAUCAUUAUUAAAAUGUUACAACUUUUA